ACACAACAUCAAAAAAUUUAUAAAGAUGCUUGGGAAGUAGAAAAAGGAAAGCAUCAAUCGAAGGAACAAGAACAAAAUCUAACUAUAAUUCGAAAUAUUAAUUUUAUAAUGGGUGAAUGU